UUUUAAGUGUCAGUGAGUUCUCGCUCUGCAAUCCGAAAGUACCAGUUUCUUGCAGGUAUAAACACCUGUAAUUGGUAGAUAGUUUGCAGGGAAAAAGUGACGAUGAAGCCGAAAUAUAUCUGCAUAUUAUUGGUGUUGUCUCUUACGGUCAACAAAGUUUUUUCACAAAACGAAGAUGAACCCUCACUUCCUCCCGAUCAUACAGAAUUGGAGGGUUUUAUUGAAGGCAGUGGAGAUGGAGUUGAUGAACCAGUUAUAGAUAGUACUACAGAGGCAACAUCACCGCCCAAACUAGAAAAUGUUGAAGAAUCGCGGAAUUUUUAUGAAGAGCCUGUUACAAACGCGGAUUCUAAUAAUACUUCUUUACCUUGUCCUAAACCCUGUGUAUGUAAUACAGAGGGCGACACAACUAAUUUUGUUGUAGAUUGUUCAGGAUACGGUCUUACUGAAUUUCCGUCUCCAAUCGAUUCCAGGACAACUACUUUAAAAUUGCAUAACAAUAAAUUAACUGAAAUACCAAAAACAAUAUCAGAACUUAAAAGUCUAAAAAUUUUGAAUGCAAAUAAUAAUUUAAUCAUGGAAUUGGCACCUGGCUCUAUCAGCGAAUUACCAGAGUUAGUGACAUUAAAUUUGGGAAACAACCGACUCAUUGAAUAUCCAAAAGACUUAAAAAAUAGUUUGUCUUUAUCUAAAUUGGAGGAGCUGGAUUUAGGAGGCAACGAUAUGAGGACGAAACUUUCUUCUGAGAAUUUCUCUUAUUUCAAAGCACUUCGAAAAAUUACGCUGCCUGCUGGUUCGACGGAUUUGGCUUUAGAUUUAUGUGAAACUUUGAAGGAAACACUAGAAACGGUGUGUACUGAGUCUUGUGAUACCAAACCAUUUGAUUGCCCAGAUGCACCACCAAAAAUUGAUGAAGAUUUAUUUGACGCUACACUGCCCGGUAUGAUUCCUUUAAAUACUUUUGAAGGUAACAAAGAAGUAGUUACAGAAACUGAAAAUUCGGUAACAGAAAGCACUUCUACAACAAUACCGUCGAAACCUCUUGAGACGGAUUCUACCUUAAAUGAAAAUAUACCCGCUAAAGAAUUUUCUCUUCGUACUGCUGUGAUUAACGCUCCUCAAGAAAAAAUUGCAUCCUUAAAUGCCAUUCCGGACUCUCCUAAAGAUGCAUCUAAUGCUACAAACGUAAAGGUUGGUGCUACAACAGCUGAUACAAAGAAAACUGGUGGUGUAGACAAAAGUGUUAUUGGAAUGGUCGUUGCUGGUAUGAUAGUUGUAGUGGCAGGAAUUACUAUAAAGAAGAACUGGAGUUCUAUUAAGAAACGGUUUAGUUCAACACCUAAUAGAGCUAAUGACAGACCAGGAGGAAAUGCAAAUGGAACUGCACCUGAAGAGGUUCCAUUACAAAAUAAAUCAGACAAAUUACCGGUUUAGAAAACUCUUUUUAUAUUUUGACAUGUAUUUGAAUGAACUGAGUAGUGACUAGGUUCGAUCUGAAAGAUAAUGAUGUUUUAAAAUGGUAGCGUUUGGUCUAAAAUCUUAAUAUUUGAACAGGAACAGACAGCUUUUAGUGGAAGAGUAUAUUUGUUGUAAAUGAUAUUUAAGGGGCACUAAAUUAGAUUAAGUUAUGAUAAGAUAGUCGUAAUGUAAAUAUAUCAACAGUUACGGUCGUCACAGUAUUUUCGUUUUAUACUAAUGGAUGUUGAAAUUUUAAAAUAAAAAAACAGUUGUU